ACAAGACAAUGAAAUUUAAAAUCAAAACAAAUUAUAUUUUUAAUGUAAUCACUUAUUAUUAUUCUACAGUCGGUACAAAAGCUCAAUAAAUAAUAAAAGUAUGAGACUGGGACACGUCACACGUUGAUUAAAAAUCAAAGCAUGGAAAGCAUUACAAAUUUUUGUGGUUCGCUUAUCAAGGGCUUUAUUGAUAGCUUACGAGGAGUAACAGUUCUUCUUUAUUUGGAUAAAGAAAUUAACGAACGAGCAUUGAGUCGGUCACCUCAACCAGAUGUAGAUGUAUCAAGGCACAAAUUAUUAAAACAGCCAAAAGUUAAACAAGAGUCCAAAGUACUUACAAGGGUAUUACAAUCAUGUGUGCUCAACGGUUUUAUAUUUUUACUUAGCAUACUUGUGUUUGAAUAUGCUUUAUUGCCAGCAGUUAAAUACUUAGUAAUAGCUGUUUUCGGACAUAAUCCUGGCGUAGCCCACAAUGUCUGGUCUUGGAUGCAGCCAUUCUUGUCUAUGACAUUUAGAAUGAUAUGGGUUCUGCCACUGUUUUUGUUGAGUAAACUAGUAAACAGUUUGUGGUUUCAGGAUAUAGCUGAUUCAGCUUACAGACACAGAAGGGGUCGGCCACAGUUUAUGUCGAGUGUUAGUAAGAUUAUUGCUGACUCAUUGUUCAGCUUGCUAGUUCAAGCCUUAUUUUUAGUUCAGAGUAUGCUAGUAAGUAUGUUACCCAUUACAUAUGUGGGUGAACUAUUAUGUCUUGUUCAUAUGUGCCUUUUGUACUCACUGUACUCAUUUGAAUACAAAUGGUUUAAUAUGGGCUGGGAGUUACACAAGCGGCUAACGUUUAUAGAGACCAAUUGGCCUUAUUUCCUUGGAUUCGGUCUACCCUUGGCUGUUCUGACACAAAUACCCCAGUCAUAUAUCAUAAGUGGUUGUGUCUUCUCAAUAUUCUUUCCUGUGUUCAUUUUGAGUGGGAACGAAGCGACCCCAGUUACUGGAAGCGAAUACCCACUUCGUUUGUUCUCUCCUGUCGUGGCGAUUUCUAACGGAAUGUUUCGGUUCGUGCGGCACAGUGCAGACAUGGGCGACAAAGCGAGAUGAUAAUUGUUAGUACCGUACCCACGGACUAGUAAAAAAAUAAGGACUCCGUGUCACCUUACAUAACAGUGUAGCACCAAAACAAGCCAAUAAACGUUUAAAUACAUACACACACUACUACAGGCCGAUAGGCGGCCAUUAUGAGAAUUGUCAUCGUCGUUGACAAAUCAGUUUGCGUUUUAAUUAAAUAUUUAAAAAAUGCCGUCGUGCGUUGUGAAAAAGUGUUCAAACGAUACUAUAAGUAUUUGUGGCCAUAUAUGAAUAUUUAAGGGAGAAAAAAUUGUGUAACUAGUAUCCCCCGUAACCGCACACACACUAACAUAACGGUGCUUCACUUGCUAAUAUUAUGGCGCGGAGUCCUUUUUUUAUUCGUCCGUGACCGUACAAUACUUAUUAUACAUAAUUAUAUGACACAGCAAUAACUCGUCGGAUAGUUAUAUAUUAAAUAUAUAUCUAUGGGUACUUGUCAUGUCGUCUUUGACACAUUAAUUCACCUACCUACACGCACAUGACACAAUACCUCAAAAAAAAAAUUGCUUCAUACAAAAUAAUUUAUGAUUUUAUGCCUUGUCAAACAUUAUGUGGUUAGUGCACUGACCUCUACUAUUUACCACUGGACUGGCGGCUGUCAAAAUGCCUUUGUGCCUGUUUGAUAUUCGCCAUUUUGGCGCUGUUGGCCAUGUAGCGAGAGUCUGCAGUACUAAAAGCAGUAAUGACAACCUCAGCUAAACAAACAUUCAUAGGAAAACUGUUUACAUAACAAAUUGUGUACUUUAUUAUGUUGAUUCCUGAAGUAUAAAUAACACGGAAAACGACCGAAAUUUAUUCAAAAUGCAAAAAUACCUCAGAGUACUGUACGCUUCUCUCCAUUUGUAAUAAACGUCAAAACUAGUACUCAGGACGCUCGCGAGUGGCGCUUCGAAUAGGCACAAAAAAAUCCUGUCAAACAUAUGGAACAGCUUGUCCAGUGGUCAGUGACAGUGACAGAUCAGUGAGUUAGUGCCUAGUUAACCAAAUAAAUUACGAUGUUCAGUACAUGGGUGAAAGCCAAAAUAUUGACGCAAAUGACACAAUCGUGUCACAAAAUGUGUUGCGUUGACACAAAAGUAGCACAACAAUUUUUACUACAGUGACGCAAUAGUGUCCCAAAAUAGUAGCAUACCACUAUAACGUUAUAUGUUACGUUAGGGGCCAAAUAAAAGAUAAUAUUAAUCAAUAUUGAAAAUAGGUAUGUUUUAAUACAGGGUUACAAAAAACAGAAUUAUAAUCUUAUGUAAUGUUCUUAAGUUCUACGUUAACAAUGAAAUGAUUGCUUUGGCAAAGUGUAAAACCAAUAUUAUCAUUGACAAUUUACAUCAUUUAGGUAGAUCAUUUUUAUAAGACUUACGAAGCUUUUUAUAGUUAUGGAAGAGAGGGCAAACUAGCAUACCCGCCACUUGAUGUUAAGUGAUCACCGCCGCUCAAUUUCUCUUGCAACACCAGAGGAAUUACAGGAGCGUUGUCGGCUUUUAAAAAAAAUAUUGUUGUAGGUUUUAAAUUUUUGAGUUUCUCUGUAUCUUUUGAACUUUUCUGCUGCAGUAAGUGGCAUCUGAAGUUAUCUCAUGUGUUCGCUAAUAUACCUACACAACCAACAUGAAAGUCCUAAAGGUGCGAUACAGUCCAGUGUUUCUCAACAAGCCUAAAACAACGAACGUUUUUAGUUAAUCUGUAGUCCUGACGAGCGAGGAUGUUGCAUAUAUCUGCGAUGUGGUGUAGUGAUCCAUAAAACACAGAGGGCUGGUUGCUAACGACAUCCAGAAUAUUUCAUAGUAAAAAAUAUCUAAAUACCUAGAGGUAUAAAUUUCCUUAAAUGUUCAACAACCCUCUUAGUGUAAUCGCUACCUAUAUGGUAGCACAAUUCUAGUGGCACUAAGAUAGUGUUACAACUAUACUAAAGUAACACAAACCUACAAUUGUUAGAUAGUAGUGGGAGGCUGCUUUGCACAGGAUGCCGGCUAAAUUAUGGGAACCACAACGGCGCCUAUUUCUGCCGUGAAGCAGUAAUGUGUAAGCAUUAUGUUUCGGUCUGAAGGGCGCCGUAACUAGUGAAAUUACUGGGCAAAUGAGACUUAAAAUCUUAUGUCUCAAGGUGACGAGCACAAUUGUAGUGCCGCUCAGAAUUAUUUGCUUAUGGGCAUGGCGUAUCGAUUGCCAUUAGCUGAACGUCUUGCUCGUCUCGUUCCUUACUGUCAUUCAACUUUUCUCACUUAGAGAUGAUACUCCUUGCCUCUAGUCCAUAUCCAUAGUUAAAAUGCGUACAGAGCUGCCAGUCCGCGAAAUUUUUCUUUGUUUAUCGUCUUCUGCCAAUGAAAAACAAAGUUAUAGAUUAAAUAAAAAAUAAGGGUAUACAAAUAAAAAAAGUAGCACAAUUAUUGUUUGAAAUCACUUUAAAUAAUCAAAACUAGUAAAAAUAUGCACUAUUGCAUUAUUUCAAGUAUUUUGUUAUUAUUCUAUAUUAUUAUGAUUCGGGCAUGCUGGACAAAUAACCAUUUAAUUUGGUAUAAAUUUUUAAAGGGCAAAAAUUUCAAUACAAAAAAGUGUGUGUGUACUUAUGUAUGCACGCAAGAAGUUUACUUCUUUGGCCUAACAAAUUAAAAAUCCUUAAAAUUAUUUAUUCCUUGUGCUAUUCUACGUUUGUAGAAAGAACAAUAUUGUAAAAAUCUUGCAACGAUGGCUUUGGCAAUUAAUUAUUAAAAAAUGAAUAUGGCUGUAUGGGCCUGAACCCUUUGCCUGUCCUAAUAAUAGACGAAGAAACCAUAUAACCGAGGAACCAACUUCACCCUGUUACUUUUGCGUAACAGUUUAGGUACAUCUUAAAAUUUCACUCUCAUCAUUUUUUCAUAACGUGCCUAAAGAAGUAUAACUUCGAUAAAUACGUCAAUAUUUUGGCAUUCCUAUGUUAUUUUUUUGUGUGUGUUUUUUUUUUAUAUUGUGUAAUGGUAAUGGUCUCGGGUAGUAACAACCACAGAUUAUUGUUGAAAAUUGAAGGAGAUAUGAGGUAAUCUUAUUAUUAUAUAUUAUUUAAAUUAGAUUAAUUUAAUUUUUGUCAGAAUAAAUGAACAUAAUUUGUUACAAUGUUCAUUGCGCUGAUGAAAUUCUACGCGGAUUUCCUGUAGCCGUAGUUCAUGAAUUUAAAGUAGGUACUUAAUGAUUAUUAUUAUAAUUGACACUAAUGGUUUUUUGCAAUAUUUCUGUACAUUUUAUUAUAGGUAUUUUGUGUUUGACAUUGGAUUGUUGAAAGUAAUUUUUUAAUACAGUUGCUCAAAAAGUAGCGUAAUGCAGGUUCUUCUUUACUUUUCCCGAACUCGUGCGUUCUCUUUCCCAACUGUCAAAAUAAUGUCUAUUCAAAAAAAAAACGUUUUUUACAAAAAAAAAAAUCAUAGAAGUUUUUGUGAUUCAUGCAAAUAUCUCUAAAAAGAAGCUACUAAUUUGUUUCAAUAUCAUAUUUAAUGAUUUUAUUCAAUGAGUUAGGUUAGACUUCAUUUAUUUAUUGUGUUUUUAUUAUGCCAUUAAAUUGCUUCAUUUUGUCGCAACUGUAAUAAAAAUAGUUGUUCAGUACACGUGCGGAACCGUCAUUGCCACUUGUUCCGACUGUCAUUUGUCGGAACUCUUUGCAAUGACAGUGAGGACGGAGAGGUAAGCUCAUUGAGUGACAUUGACAAGUAAAAGUUCAAUGACCGAAAUCUUUUUUGAUACGCGACUGCACAUUUACCGAUAAAGUUUUCAUACUAUUAUAUAAAUUAUUAAUGUAUACCUGCAAAUAAAAUUGAUGUAUCUAUAGUCAAAUAAUAGCUUUUUACGAUAUGCAUCUGAUUACAUUAUUCAGAUAAAUCUCGAAACGGCUGGACCGAUUUUGAUGCAAAAUGUUAUUAAAUAAAAUCUGCCCGGGCGUUCGUUCGUCAUCAUCAUCAUCAUCAGUGGGAAGACGUCUACUGCUGGGCAAAGGCCUCCCCCAAGGAUUUCCAUGACGAUCGGUGCUGCGCUGCCCUCAUCCAACAUAUUCCGGCGAUCUGAACUAAUCGUCGUUCCAUCUUGUGGCGGGCCUACCAACAAUGCGUCUUCCGGUCUUCAAUUUAAAAAAAAAUUGUUUUAUCCGUGUUUUAAUGUGAAACAGCAACAAUAACAUUAGAAUACAGAGGCAAAUUUCGCCACUAAAUAUAAGACUAUAAUAGCUCAGAUGGCAUUGGGUGAUCCGGAAGCAGAAGACCCCGGUUCGAAUCCAGAUGUCCUAUUUUUUUUUUUCAAGUUUUGUACCUUCCUAAAAAUCCAGUCGUCUAGGUACUAUUUAUUGAUUUUUAAUACUAAGCACCUUUUUUGCUACUAAAUAACCUUAAUCAAUCAACAUUUGUAGAUUUAAAUAAAUUGACAAAAUUGUUUCAAAAUUUCUGGAUGUAAAAUCUGGUGAUACAAUAUUAAUCGGAUAUUUUUUUGUUAUAUAUCUAGCCUAUAUUAAACAUAAUUAAAGUUACGGCGAUAUCUUAAUAAAUGCAAAAAUAUACAUAACUAAUUGUUCAUUAUAAAAUUAAUUUUGAUAUAUAUUUAUAAUGCUGCUGUAUAUAUUAUGGUAAUAUCUUUAUUACCUCUAUGAAUUAUGAUAAAUUAUGUUGACAUGAUAAAAAUGUUUUUUUUUUCUGUAGGACCAUUCUGUGUUUAAUUAUUAUUUGUAACACUUAGAAUAUAAAUGAAAAUAUCUGCAGUUUUAACACGUUAAUGUGCCGUGGCAGAAUAAAAUGCGUUAACACUUCUGUUGCAAGUUACUGCCACGUCACGUUGCAAAUAAAAAAUAAGGUACUUAACGGGGAUCAAAUAUUAAAGAUUUAUGACAAAGUUGAUAAAACUAAAUAUACCAAAACAUGUGUAGGUAACAGUCACUCGCACUUUUAAUAUCUUUUACGCAAAGUGCCGUCUAAUUGACCUGACAACUUGGGCGAAAGUGCGUAAUUUUUUCUUAUAAAUGCGUGGGAGUUAAUUAGCGUGGUUCAGCGGGCGGAUAAAAUGUAUGAAGAUCCAUUAGGCACUAGCGUGAUUCAGCGGGCGGAUAAAAUGUAUGAAAAUCCAUUAGGCACUAGCGUGGUUCAGCGGGCAGAUAAAAUGUAUGAAAAUCCAUUAGGUAUUGACGUGGUUCAGCGGGUAAAAAAAAUCAACGGGCGGAAAAUGUUCAAAACUAAUGUAUUACGAAAUUCAAGAGAAUUAAAAAGACGUUUAUGAGGUAAAUAAUACUAUUACAUAAAUGACUAAAUAUUGUAAAUAGAGCGACCUACUAUUAAAUUUAUAAAUUUGAUUCUAUCGAAAUUCAAUGUUUAUGAUUUUGUUUGUGAAGUCUCGAAAAGUCCUAAAUUGUUUUUCUAGAUCACAUUCUAGGCUGCUUCGUGAACAUGUCGUAACUAUUAAUAAAAUCCACGCUUGUCUGUUGCUGGAUUAUUAGCUUUAUAUCCAAUUUCAUAUUUCUAUGAUGUUCGUUAUUAAAACUUUCGUGGGUCAUUAUUAAAUUAUCUAUUAAUGCGGCUUUACUCACGUUUUUGUCGGUGUCGGUAUCAACUACUUUCAGACCAUUUCGAGAUCCUUCAUCAGGGUGAGUACAUUCUGUGCACCCGUGGACACCAAUAGUGAUACUGUGUCAGUGAUACCGUCAUCACCGGCGUAUCCCGCACCCCCCGCCCUGUCCAGCCGCGCACUACGAGCUCAAGUCCGCAGUAAGAGGUGGGACGUUAUCGCGAACCCACCACACUCACCCUGAUGAAGGUUCUCCGAAUGGUCCGAAACUAGUAGGUACCUACACCGACAAAAACGUGAGUAAAGCCGUAUUAAUAGAUAAUGCAGAUAAUAUUCUUCAUAAUUAAGUGCCUACAUAACACAUUCGAAUCGGUCCAACCGCAAAGAUUAAUUUUAAUUUGAUUUAUGAUGUAUGUAUUUCAACUUUAAAUCAUAGAUUUAAAUUCACUCUUUAGAUUCACUUCAACAUAUUACAAUAAUCCAAUCUCUUCACACUUGAGAAUAUUUUCAGCAUAGUAAGUAGGUACUGAGGUCAUUGUCCGAAAUUUGUAUAUCUGCGCGACCGCGCUUUAUCCAUAUCUACUACUAUCACAAAGUCAUUUAGUACUCAAACCGUAGUAUGUCGUAUUUAUUUAAUUUCAAAAUAAUUGUAUUUUAAUGCUCAUCUUGUAUAUAUACAGAAAUAUGUAACGGUGAUAAUAAUAAUUAAAUAUAUAAUAUUGAUCAAUGUAUCUAUAGAUAUUACCUUUACCUAUAAUGAGGUGCGGAAUCAUAUGCUUUACAAUGUUAUUAGUUGAUUGUGAAUAUACUUUUACAUGACAUUAAAGGCUGAUUGAA